AUGGUGUUUGCGUCAUUAAGCUUCCCGCCAGCCCCACUUCCAUGCAUCGUCGACCUUGCAUGUCAAGAUCUCCCACCCCGUUUCCACCACCACUUCCACAAUGCAACUACCGACAACUACCAUAUCCACGGCGCCUACCGUAUCUCCCAGAUGGCCCCCAAUGCCACCCCCCAAAAGACCGCCCUAAUCAUCGGCGCCGGCGUCGGCGGCGUCAGCACCGCCGCCCGCCUCGCGCACGCCGGCUUCCGCGUCACCGUCCUCGAAAAGAACUCCUUCACCGGCGGGCGCUGCUCGCUUCUGUACGCGGAUGGGCACCGUUUCGAUCAGGGCCCUUCGUUGUUGUUGCUGCCGGACCUGUUUCGGAGGACGUUUGCAGAGCUGGGAACGAGUUUGCAAGAGGAGGGCGUGGAGUUGGUGAAGUGUGAGCCGAAUUAUAUUGUGCAUUUCCAUGAUGGGGAGAAGUUUCGAUUGAGUAGUGAUUUGAGCGUGAUGAAGGGGGAGGUGGAACGCUGGGAGGGGAAGAGCGGGUAUGAGCGGUAUUUGGGGUUUUUGGGGGAGGCGCAUAGGCAUUAUGAGUUGAGUGUGCGGGAGGUUCUUUUGAGGAAUUUUUAUGGGGUGGUGAGUAUGUUGCGGCCUGAGUUUUUGCGGCAUUUGAUUGAGUUGCAUCCUUUCGAAUCGAUUUGGACUCGCGCGUCGAAGUACUUCUGGACGGAGCGCUUGAGGAGGGUGUUUACGUUUGGGAGUAUGUAUAUGGGGAUGUCGCCGUUUGAUGCGCCGGGGACGUAUUCGUUGCUGCAGUAUACUGAGUUGGCGGAAGGGAUUUGGUAUCCUGUUGGCGGGUUUCAUAAAGUGGUGGAGGCGCUUGUGGGGGUUGGGGAGAGGAAGGGGGUGGAGUUUAGGAUGAGUACGCCUGUGAGGAGGAUUCUGCUUGAUGCCAGUGGGAGUAAGACGGAGGGAGUGGAGUUGGAGAGUGGAGAGGUGUUGAAGGCGGAUGUGGUGGUGAAUAAUUCGGAUCUGGUCUAUGCAUACAACAACCUGCUACCGCAGAGCGAGAGCGCGAAGAAGGCUGCUUAUGCGGAGGCGCUGGAGAAGAGGCCGGGGAGUUGUUCCAGUAUUAGCUUUUACUGGGCGCUGGAUAGGAAGGUGCCGGAGUUGGAGGCGCAUAAUAUCUUCCUAGCGGACGAGUACCGGGAGAGUUUCGAUUCGAUUUUCCAGAAGCACCUGAUACCAGAUGAGCCGAGCUUUUACGUCAAUGUCCCCAGCAGAGUGGACCCUACUGCGGCGCCGGAGGGGAAGGAUACAGUCGUGGUGCUUGUGCCGGUGGGACAUCUCGUGGAUGACGAACGAUCAAGAUACGAAAACACCUCAAACGGCACAGCAACAUCCAACGGCCACCUCAAAGAUGCCUCACCAUCCAAUCAGACAGGCUUCACCCCAACCUCAACCCAAAACUGGCCCUCCAUGAUCGCCCUCGCCCGCAAAACAAUCCUCACCACAAUCGCCACCCGCACCGGCGUAGACCUAACCCCCCUCAUAAGCACCGAACUAACCAACGACCCCACAACCUGGCGCUCCCGCUUCAACCUCGACAAAGGCGCCAUCCUAGGCCUCUCGCACUCCUUCUUCAACGUCCUCUGCUUCCGGCCCUCGACAAAAGCCCGCCGCGCCGGUCCCCUCGAUGAUCUCACCCGCGGCCUAGGACCGUUGGGGACGGUAGUGCAGGUUGUGGGGGAUGCGUUCAGAGGCGAGGGCAGAUUCAGUCUGCUCGCUCUGACUCCUCAAUACUGCAAGUAG